AUUUCGAUUCACCCUAACAGUGGGAAGUGAACUGUUUUCACUCUUCACGGCCGCCGGUUCUCUCUCAAUCUCUGAAACAUGUUGGCGGCAAUCAAAUGCCCCUUCUUUCUUACUCACUCCCUGCCCCCCUCCUCCUCUCCCUCGCCAUCCUUCAAAAUCACCUGUUCUGCGGCGGCGUCGGUGGCGGAGGAGAGGAGCGAGAUUCGGCUAGGACUGCCCAGCAAAGGCCGCAUGGCCGCUGACACUCUCGAUCUCCUCAAGGACUGCCAGUUGUCCGUCAAGCACGUCAAUCCUCGCCAGUACGUUGCUAAAAUUCCUGAGCUGUCUAAUUUGGAAGUGUGGUUUCAAAGGCCUAAGGACAUUGUGAGGAAGUUGCUGUCUGGGGAUUUGGACCUUGGCAUUGCCGGUCUUGACACCGUCAGUGAAUAUGGACGGGGGAGUGAAGAUCUUAUCAUUGUUCAUGAUGCUCUUGGGUAUGGGGAGUGCCACUUAUCCCUUGCAAUACCAAAAUAUGGGAUUUUUGAGAACAUUAACUCACUGAAUGAGCUAGCACAAAUGCCUCAAUGGACUAGAGAGAAACCUCUGCGAGUUGCUACUGGCUUCACCUAUUUGGGUCCCAAAUUUGUGAAAGAAAAUGGACUGGACCAUGUGUGUUUUUCCACAGCUGAUGGAGCCCUUGAGGCAGCUCCUGCGAUGGGAAUAGCUGAUGCAAUUUUGGACCUUGUGAGUAGUGGGAUAACACUGAAAGAAAACAAUUUGAAAGAGAUCGAGGGAGGAGUUGUGUUGCGAAGUCAAGCAGUUCUUGUUGCAAGCAAGAGAUCCUUGCUCAAAAUGAAAAGUGCACUUGAAACGACACAUGAGAUUCUGGAAAGAUUGGAGGCACAUCUAAAGGCAGAGGGUCAGUAUACGGUGGUUGCAAAUAUGAGGGGAAAUAGUGCACAAGAAGUGGCUGAGCGAGUCCUUAGCCAGCCAUCAUUAGCUGGUUUGCAGGGACCCACUGUAAGUACAGUGUAUUGCAAACGUGAUGGGCAAAUAAAAGCAGAUUACUACGCCAUUGUCAUAUGUGUGCCAAAAAAGGCCCUCUACAAGUCUGUACAACAACUGAGAGCGAUCGGAGGCAGUGGGGUUCUAUAUUCCCCUUUGACUUACAUUUUUGAUGAAGAAACUCCAAGAUGGCGUGAACUUCUCUCAAAACUUGGCCUCUAAUUGUCUGUGGUGUACGUAUGCCCUUGGAGACUUUGUUGCAUAUUUUGUAGCUAUAUCAAUGCUAAAGAUUUUGUUGAGCACAUCUUUGAUACCUGCAAUUGGUUAAAAGUAGAAAGGAUGCACUGCAUGAGGAUUUUAUUUGAAAAGUCGGAUCUUUGUACUCUACUAUAUGAGUUGAAACAUGACAUUGUAGUCAGACUGGUCAUGUCAUGUUUUGUAUGUUGUAAGCAAUUUUUCUCUAUUCUUCUGUUGUGGUUAUAUAGCUGAA